AUGGCACUUUUAUGGGAGCCCACGCGGCAGAGGACACAGCGGUCCAGCCGACAGGUGGUCGCUGAUGCCAAACUUCAGCGCCUGGCUCCGGAUGAAUUGUCACCAAGGUUUCGAUUACAAUCUUGUCAGAUGCUCUUGUCAGACACCCUAAUAAGAAAAGGAACUGAUUUGAGGAUGUCCACUAUUGUCACUCCAAUUAUUUUGAGGACUGACCCUCAGGGAUUUUUCUUUUACUGGACAGAUCAAAAUAAGGAGACGGAGCUGUUAGAUCUCAGCCUUGUCAAGGAUGCCAGAUGUGGGAAACAUGCCAAAGCUCCCAAGGACCCCAAAUUACGUGAACUUUUGGAUGUGGGGAACAUCGGACGCUUGGAGCAUCGCAUGAUAACGGUGGUGUACGGGCCUGACUUAGUUAACAUCUCCCAUUUGAAUCUCGUGGCUUUCCAAGAGGAAGUGGCCAAGGAAUGGACAAAUGAGGUUUUCAGUUUGGCAACAAACCUGCUGGCCCAAAACAUGUCCAGAGACGCAUUUCUGGAAAAAGCCUAUACGAAGCUUAAGCUGCAAGUCACUCCAGAAGGGCGCAUUCCUCUCAAAAACAUAUACCGCUUGUUCUCAGCAGACCGGAAGCGAGUUGAAACUGCUUUAGAGGCUUGUAGUCUUCCAUCUUCAAGGAAUGAUUCAAUACCUCAAGAAGAUUUCACUCCAGAAGUGUACAGAAUUUUCCUGAACAACCUUUGCCCUCGACCUGAAAUUGAUAACAUCUUUUCUGAAUUUGGUGCCAAAAGCAAACCAUACCUUACAGUUGAUCAGAUGAUGGAUUUUAUCAACCUGAAGCAGCGAGAUCCUCGGCUAAAUGAAAUACUUUACCCACCUUUAAAGCAAGAGCAAGUCCAAGUACUGAUUGAGAAGUAUGAGCCCAACGAUAGCCUUGCCAAAAAAGGACAGAUAUCAGUGGAUGGCUUUAUGCGCUAUCUGAGUGGAGAAGAAAAUGGAGUCGUUUCGCCUGAGAAACUGGAUUUGAAUGAAGAUAUGUCUCAGCCCCUUUCUCACUAUUUCAUCAAUUCCUCACACAACACCUACCUCACAGCUGGCCAGUUGGCUGGAAAUUCCUCUGUUGAGAUGUAUCGCCAAGUGCUCCUGUCUGGUUGUCGCUGUGUGGAGUUGGACUGCUGGAAAGGACGGACUGCGGAAGAGGAACCAGUCAUCACCCAUGGGUUCACCAUGACAACUGAAAUAUCCUUCAAGGAAGUGAUAGAAGCAAUUGCUGAGUGUGCAUUUAAGACGUCACCUUUUCCAAUUCUGCUUUCAUUUGAGAACCACGUAGAUUCCCCAAAGCAGCAAGCCAAGAUGGCAGAGUAUUGCCGACUGAUCUUUGGAGAUGCUCUUCUCAUGGAACCACUGGAAAAAUACCCACUGGAAUCUGGAGUUCCUCUUCCAAGCCCUAUGGAUUUAAUGUACAAAAUUUUGGUGAAAAAUAAGAAGAAAUCGCAUAAGUCAUCAGAAGGAAGUGGCAAAAAGAAGCUCUCAGAACAAGCCUCCAACACGUACAGUGACUCCUCCAGCAUGUUUGAGCCCUCAUCUCCAGGAGCCGGGGAAGCUGAUACUGAGAGUGACGACGAUGACGAUGAUGACGACUGUAAAAAAUCUUCAAUGGAUGAGGGUACUGCUGGCAGUGAGGCCAUGGCCACAGAAGAGAUGUCUAACCUGGUGAACUAUAUUCAGCCAGUCAAGUUUGAGUCCUUUGAAACUUCAAAAAAAAGAAAUAGAAGUUUUGAAAUGUCUUCCUUCGUGGAAACCAAAGGACUCGAGCAACUGACAAAGUCUCCAGUGGAAUUUGUAGAAUAUAACAAAAUGCAGCUCAGCAGGAUAUAUCCAAAAGGAACCCGUGUGGAUUCAUCCAACUACAUGCCUCAGCUCUUCUGGAAUGCUGGUUGCCAAAUGGUUGCACUUAAUUUUCAAACUGUGGACCUGGCUAUGCAAAUAAAUAUGGGGAUGUAUGAAUACAAUGGGAAAAGUGGCUACAGAUUAAAGCCAGAGUUCAUGAGGAGACCCGACAAGCACUUUGAUCCAUUCACCGAAGGCAUCGUAGAUGGGAUAGUGGCCAACACUUUAUCUGUGAAGAUUAUUUCAGGUCAGUUUCUUUCUGAUAAGAAAGUUGGGACCUAUGUGGAAGUGGAUAUGUUUGGUUUGCCUGUGGACACAAGGAGGAAGGCAUUUAAGACCAAAACAUCACAAGGAAAUGCUGUAAAUCCUGUCUGGGAAGAAGAGCCCAUUGUGUUCAAAAAGGUGGUUCUUCCUUCUCUGGCCUGUUUGAGGAUAGCAGUUUAUGAAGAAGGAGGUAAAUUUAUCGGUCACCGGAUCUUGCCUGUACAGGCAAUUCGGCCAGGCUAUCACUACAUCUGUCUGCGGAAUGAGAGGAACCAGCCUCUGAUGCUCCCAGCUGUCUUUGUCUACAUAGAGGUGAAAGACUAUGUCCCAGAUACAUAUGCAGAUGUGAUUGAAGCUUUGUCAAAUCCAAUACGAUAUGUGAAUCUGAUGGAGCAGAGAGCAAAGCAACUGGCUGCUCUGACACUGGAAGAUGAAGAAGAAGUAAAGAAAGAGGCUGAUCCUGGGGAAACACCAUCAGAAGCUCCAAGUGAAGCCAGGACAACUCCAGCAGAAAACGGAGUGAAUCACACUACAUCCCUGGCACCCAAACCACCCUCCCAGGCUCCCCACAGCCAACCAGCUCCAGGUUCUGUAAAGGCACCUGCCAAAACAGAAGAUCUUAUUCAGAGUGUUUUAACAGAAGUGGAAGCACAGACUAUCGAAGAGCUAAAGCAACAGAAACCGUUUGUGAAACUUCAAAAGAAGCACUACAAAGAAAUGAAAGACCUGGUGAAAAGACACCACAAGAAAACCACUGACCUUAUCAAAGAACACACUACAAAAUAUAAUGAAAUUCAGAAUGACUACUUGAGAAGGAGGGCAGCUUUGGAAAAGACAGCCAAAAAGGAUAGUAAGAAAAAAUCAGAACCCAGCAGUCCUGACCAUGGUUCAUCAACAAUUGAGCAAGAUCUUGCUGCCCUAGAUGCUGAAAUGACCCAAAAGUUAAUAGACUUGAAGGACAAACAACAGCAGCAGCUGCUUAAUCUUCGACAAGAACAGUAUUACAGUGAGAAAUACCAGAAGCGAGAACAUAUUAAACUGCUUAUUCAGAAAUUGACGGAUGUUGCCGAAGAAUGUCAGAACAAUCAGCUGAAGAAGCUCAAAGAAAUCUGUGAGAAGGAGAAGAAGGAAUUAAAGAAGAAAAUGGAUAAAAAAAGGCAGGAGAAGAUCACAGAAGCUAAAUCCAAAGACAAAAGUCAAAUGGAAGAGGAAAAGACAGAGAUGAUCCGGUCAUACAUCCAGGAGGUGGUACAGUACAUCAAGAGGUUAGAAGAGGCACAAAGUAAACGGCAAGAAAAACUUGUAGAGAAACACAAGGAGAUCCGUCAGCAGAUCCUGGAUGAAAAGCCCAAGCUGCAGAUGGAUCUGGAGCAAGAGUACCAAGACAAGUUCAAAAGACUGCCCCUGGAGAUCUUGGAGUUCGUGCAGGAAGCCAUGAAAGGGAAGAUCAGUGAAGACAGCAAUCACAGUUCUGCCCCUCCCUCCCUGGCCUCAGACCCUGGAAAACUGAACCACAGGCCUCCUUCCAGUGAGGAGCUAGAAGGGGACAACCCAGGAAAAGAGUUUGAUACUCCUCUGUGA